UCCAUUUAUUUUUUAUUUUUUUUUUUUUUUUUUAUUUCCUUCGCGUUUUUCACACUCACAAUCUGCAAAAAUAAAGUGAAGAAUCGUGGCACGCAUAUUGUGCGUUUUGUCAGUGUGUUCGCGUUUCCCAUAUUCAGGCAUUUUCAACUACGAGCAGAGACGACGUCAGUGGGCGACGCGAUUGGCGUCAGGUGAAAAAAGGAAAAACUGAUAAUUUCGAUUGAACAUUGAAAUUUAAAUUGAACGAGUGAAGUGAAAUUAAACAGAAUCGGCCACUGUGAAAACGCAGCACCAAUCGUGGAGAGUUGCAUUUAAAAAAGCAUGAGCACAACUGCCGCCAGUCUCAUUGAGGCGGCGCUAAAUGCCAGCAGUGGCAACGCCACAGCUACGACUGGGACGAUUACAACGACCACAACGAGCAAGCCCAACUACGUGGUGCAGGUGAAGAACGCCCCGAUGAACACACCACUGGACCCGCUGCUCCAUGUGGGCGAUGGUAUCUUCUUGCAGACCAAGACAGCCCAGGUUCUUGCUGGGGUCUGUGUCUGGGCUGCCCUGUUUAUAACAUGUCAACAGAUCUACCAGCAUCUGCGCUGGUACACGAAUCCGCAGGAGCAGCGCUGGAUAGUGCGCAUCCUGUUCAUCGUUCCCAUCUACGCCACCUACUCCUGGAUCAGCUUGCUCUUCUUCAACUCGGACAACGUGUACAUCUACUUCUUCACCGUCCGCGACUGCUACGAAGCCUUUGUCAUCUACAACUUCUUGUCGCUGUGCUACGAGUACCUCGGAGGCGAGGGCAAUAUCAUGUCGGAAAUUCGUGGCAAGCCCAUUAAGACGUCGUGUCUGUAUGGCACCUGCUGUUUGAAGGGCAAGACUUACACGAUCGGAUUCCUCCGCUUCUGCAAACAGGCCACGCUGCAAUUCUGCCUGGUUAAGCCGCUGGUGGCCUUCAUCAUCAUCUUUUUGCAGGCGUUUGGCCACUACCACGAUGGUGAUUGGAGUGCCGACGGUGGCUACAUUUACAUCACAAUAAUUUACAACAUCUCGGUAUCGCUGGCGCUAUACGGCCUCUAUCUGUUCUAUUUUGCCACUCGGGAUCUGCUGACACCGUUCGAGCCCGUCCUUAAGUUCUGCACGAUCAAGUCGGUGAUCUUCCUGUCGUUCUGGCAAGGCGUCGGCUUGGCCAUCCUGGAGAAGGCCAACGUUAUUUCGCCUAUUGUGGACAGUGCUGGCACUGUUACCGCUGAGGCGGGUACCGUCUCUGCCGGCUAUCAGAACUUCUUCAUCUGUAUCGAAAUGUUGUUUGCCGCUAUCGCACUGCGCUAUGCAUUCCCCUAUCAGGUCUACGCACGCAGCUGCAUUAGCGACGGUCACGGUAGAUCGGUCACCAUGCAGUCAAUUUCUAGCAGUCUCAAGGAAACGAUGAAUCCCAAGGACAUUAUGACAGACGCUAUACACAACUUCCAUCCGCAGUAUCAGCAGUACACGCAGUACAGCUCAGGUGGCAAGAACUCGCGCGGCAUUCGCGUCUCCAGUUAUGAUCCCGACGAUCCGAACUCCGGAGGAACUACGCACGCAUCGCAUCAGGCACCCACCAGCGGGGGAUACAACGCGGUGGCCACCGGAUCGGGUUCAGGUGUCAACAGUAAUAACGGUGGCAGCAACUGCAUGGCCUCCAAGACGCUGGGAAACCAAAGGAAGUUCAUGCCUGGCGGCCAGCGUGUGGCGACCAUUAGCCAGAACUACAACGAGAAGACCAUGCUGCUAAGCAGCGAUGACGAGUACCAGUAGAGGAAUGAGAGGAUGCCCCAUCCCCCACCUUAUUAUUGUUAAUUCCGUCUUUCGUUCUCGGAUCCUAUCGGAUUCGUUUUUUUCGUUGCCUAUUUGGUCGCUUGUACAAUAAUCUUAAGUAGCAUUCACAACCUAUUAGACAAUUAAUGACAUCCUAUAUAUCGGGGUGCAGGCAAUAAGGGCGAGUGGAAUGAAUCGUGGCUUAAGGGCUUACAUUUUUAUUGAUUAAAUCAUGAUAAUUUUAAAAUUUUGAUUCAUUAAGUUAAUGUAUACCAUCUGCAGGACACAUUUUAUAGACAAAACUAUCCACAGAUCAGAAAAUAAGAACCUCUAUCGCGUCGCCCUAUAAUAAUGUAAUUUUAUACAGCAUAAUGUAAUUUUAUUAGCUUCGAUUUCAUUUGUGUCUUGCGUGUAAAUUUUGACAAAGGCAAUUGAAAACUGUAAAGCGAACCAAACUGAACACAAAUCAAAAACAAAGUAGAUACAACCGAACUGCAAACUGCUCUUCUUGCGACUCACGAACCGUCUACAACAGGCUGCUUUUUUAACACAAAACCGCGGGAUGACACCACAGCCGGCGAAGAAGGCUGGAAAUAUAUUUAUAAGCCAAGGCUAAUUUUAAAAGCAAACCUAACACAGUACAUUAGCUUACUUAGAGCGAAUUUGUUAGGUGAAUGAGUACGAAUGGAGAAUAUGCAGAGGUCCAGGCCCCUUCCCAGACACGAGAAAUGUAUAAAAGAAUUUUACCCUGUACAGAGAAGAUGGAUCGCAAGUCAAGAACAGUAUUUUGAUAUCUUAGCCAGGCUUCCUGUCAAAGUUGUGCGCGUGUCUGGACCAAAUGGAGGAAACGGGGAAGAAACAAUAGGAAAUUCAAAUUAUGUAUAAUUAUCCCUGGCGAAGAAAGCGAAGGCGUACCAAUGGCAGUAACGUUUUUAUGUACAUUUUUUCCGUUAAUAUGAAAUGAAAAUAUAUUAUAUGUCAUAAAGUACACAAAAUACAAUUAUGUAUAUAAUA